AUGUCUUCACUGACUUCCUUCCCCAACUUCUCCGACCUCCCCUUCAAGCUCCGCGACCUGAUCUGGCUAUUCUCUCUGGACGAGCUUGCCCUGAGUUGGAAGCCUCGGGAGCUCGGGCCUCUUUUCUACCCCCUGCAGCAACAGAAUUGGCAGCCCCGGGAUGCCACGGGGCAGAUGUCCAGCCCCGAGGAAGAUAGGGAAGAGGCCAAGGAGCGCCAGCUACCGCUGUACCAGUAUCGGCAGCGGAUCCCCCACUUCGGGGUCAAUGGGGAGGCGCGGGCGGCGGCGAGCAGCUGGGCAAGUAAGCAAGAGGCGGGGUGGCUAGCGGCGCACCAGGGCUGUGUGGACCCUCGGCGGUGCGCGACCUGGUUCGACGGGGAUCGGAACGCGCUUGCGCAGCCGCGGCUCUUCCUCCGCAAGACGGGCGGGUUCUCGGACGGGUUCUUUCUGUCCCAGGCAGAGUACGAGCGCUGUCGCGACGUGCUGGGCUGUAGCCGCGGAGGACAGCACCCGCCAGGGACCGCUUGGAAGCUGAGCCGAUUGUGGAGCUAUCAUCUCUGCGAGUAUGAGAUACGGGGCGGCAUGUCCCCGCCGCUGGCCGUGCCGCUGGCGCUGUUGCGGUGGGACCCGGACGCCCUGAAAAACAUCAUGCUAUGGGAUAGGCGCUUGGCGGACGGUGAUUUUCCCGGCUCGGUCCAGGGGGUGGUGGUGAUUAUGAAUGAGUUGCCGAACCAUGGGGAAUGCAUGACUGUACAGGAUGGGUGGAAGCUGGACCUCAUGCGGCCGAUCUGGAAAUUCAGCACUGCGCUAGGGGCACAGCCACCCCAAGGGCGGCGUGGUGUCACCUGGCGGAGCGAUCGUCUUGGUUCUGGGAGAAAACAGCUGAUCGGUGCUGAAGCUUGGAGCGUGAUUGAGCACGCAAUCUCCCGGCUGGACCUCGAGGGAGGUCUCCAGAUCCACUACAUUAUGCCUAUGCGCGCUGUGCGGCACGACGAACCUGUCAAACCACCUAGCCACUUCGUAUAUGAUCCUGAAUAUGCUGAUAAGGCUGUCGGUACAGAUUGA